UCCGCUCGACUACUUCUCGAGAAGUCAUCUUCUGGGCGAGCGAUUCUGCCGAGUGUUCAGUCACGCACAACCGUUCGAACGGUUAACAGUUACAUCUUUAAGACAGCAGAUUUAACAACAAGGAUCCGCCAUGGCUGACGAUGAGAGGAAGCGCAUCGAGGAUGAAAAGAAGAGGAAACAGGCAGAGACUGACAGGAAGAGGGCCGAAGUCCGUGCCCGCCUGGAGGAGGCCAGCAAGGCCAAGAAGGCCAAGAAAGGUUUCAUGACACCCGACCGUAAGAAGAAGCUCAGGCUCUUGUUGCGUAAAAAAGCAGCUGAGGAAUUGAAGAAAGAACAGGAAAGGAAAGCAGCCGAGAGAAGGCGUAUCAUCGAGGAGCGUUGCGGAAAGCCCAAGGACAUCGAUAACGCCAACGAAGCUGAGCUGCAGACAAUUGUUCAGUCCCUCUGGCAAAGAAUGUACGAUCUCGAGGGUGAUAAAUUUGACCUUGAACGGCAAAGUACAAUGAAAGCUUAUGAGAUUUCGGAAUUGAACAGUCAAGUCAACGAUCUCCGUGGUAAAUUCAUGAAACCCACAUUGAAAAAGGUGUCCAAAUAUGAAAACAAAUUCGCCAAACUUCAAAAGAAGGCUGCUGAAUUUAACUUCCGUAACCAACUCAAACAAGUCAAAAAGAAGGAGUUCACCCUCGAAGAAGAAGACAAAGAGAAUGCAUCGAAAGAUAAGAAAAAGCCCGAAUGGUCGAAAAAAGGAGAAGAAAAGAAGGUAAAAGAGGAGGAGGCUGCAGUUGAGGCAUGAAAAACCAAACAAUUGUAUCUCCGAUAAACUGUUCCAUCCGUUAACUGAAACUUGAACUAUAGGCGAUAGUUAUUUGUUUAACUGAGCACGCAAUCCUAAUUUUAUCAAGAAAAUCGACUAUCGCUCUCUUGUAAAAAAAAAAUCACAUACCAGUAACUUCCUUUGCACUUACUCUGUACUAGAAUGAAUUAUUUUUAUUUUUGAUGAUUUUAUCCUCUACAUGUUCCCUGUUUUGUUUUUGUUUUUUAUCCUUGGAUCAUUAGUAAACAGAAUUUUGUUACCAUUGUUACCUGGAAGUUAUCCUGCACUUUCCAUUACUUAUUGAUUGGUAUCUAACGAUACUGUCACUUCUAAAAAUUGUAUACUUACGAAAUUAAAGAUUUUAAGAGUAAUGGUUAAACCUUGAUACAACUUUUUUCUGUAAUAAUAUAAAGAAUGAAAACAAGAGUUAAUAAAUUUGUUCAAUUUUUAAUCCUAUCCAGCUUGUGACUGAAUGUCUUUAAGGCGCAUCUGAGGGAAUGAUAUAUAAGUUUUAUUGUAAUUAAAAACAAAUAAUAAUAUACUAUGAACAAGGC